AUGCCUUUGGUUGAACUUGCUUAUAGGAAAAGUAGUAAGCCUAUCACUUAUUCUGUUGUCAUGCAGUUUCAGUUUGUUUUGAGCCUAUUUGCUACUCUUGUUAGCAUAAUUUGGAUGGCCAUCAACAAGGAUUUUCAGGUUAUUCCAAGAGAAGGAAGAAAUUUUGGUUUGGGACAAGUGAAAUAUUAUUUGCUAUUAAUUGCAGUUGCAGUUGCUUGGCAAAUCGCCUCCGCAGGAUUUUUGGGAAUCAUCUACUGUACAUCAUCUCUCUUCUCUGGAAUUUUUACUACAUGUUUACUCCCAUUCACUCAGGUUGCUGCAUCGAUUGCUUUCCACGAGGAAUUUACGGGUCAAAAAGGAAUGUCACAUGCAUUAUGUUUGUGGGGUUUCCUUUCUUACUUCGUAGGGGAAUACAAGAAAACCAAGACGGCUCACCCCAUUGCUUAUGAUAAAGAGAAAUCAGAACUUACAGAUUAUAAUGAUACUACGGAAGGAGGAAAGCAAUAUAACGCAACACAAUAA